AUGGAAAUCACCAAAGCUCCCUCAGUCAACGUGGGCAUGCUCAUCCGGCGCCCGCCCCAUGCAGUGUUCGAAGCUCUUGCCGACCCAGCCAUAACUACCCGCUUCUGGUACACCAAAAGUUCUGGUCGUAUGUUGGCGGACGCCAAGCUCAAGUGGGAGUGGGAGAUGUAUGGCGUGUCUACAGACGUCUUCGUCGAAGCUGUCGAGGCAGACCGAUUGAUCCGAUUUCGAUGGGGCAUGUACGACGCCUCGAACCCCUCGACCGUGGAGUUCCGCAUCACGCCGUACCACGACAAUACGGCAUAUUUGAGGGUCACGGAGACCGGGUUCACGGGAAAUGCGGAUGCGCAAGCCAAAAGAGCGAUCGACUCUACUGCCGGAUUCACCUUCGUCAUCAGCGCGUUGAAGGCUUCACUGGAGCACGACGUAACCCUCACCGUCACGGCGGAUGCCUUUCGCUCCGACUUGAAGGAGUAA